GCCGGCCGGCCGCCUGCCUGCCUCGCGGCGGGUCCGGCGGCCGCCGCGGGGCGGGGCGCGAAGAUGGCGGACGCGGUCGCGGGCCGGGACAAGUGCGGGGAGCCGCGGCUCGUGUCGCUGCCCCUGUCCCGCAUCCGGGUCAUCAUGAAGAGCUCCCCCGAGGUGUCCAGCAUCAACCAGGAGGCGCUGGUGCUCACGGCCAAGGCCACGGAGCUCUUCGUGCAGCACCUCGCCGCCUGCUCCUACCGACGCGGCAGCGGGCUGGAGAGGAAGGCGCUCACCUACACCGAUCUGUCCAAGACCGCGGAGGAGUUGGAGACUUUCCAGUUUCUCGCAGAUAUAUUACCAAAGAAGAUUUUAGCUAGUAAAUAUCUGAAAAUGCUUAAAGAGAAGAGGGACGAGGACGAGGAGGAGAAUGACAGCGGUGAUGGGAAUGACGGGGACGAAGCAGAAUCCUAGACCAAACAGGAGGUGCUCGAGAAAUCAGCCUGCCGAGGACCUCCUGGAUUAGCAGCGCAGCGUGGAAGCAAGCACAACGCUGUGUGACCUCAGACACCUGACUUCCCAGAGACUUCAUGUACAUUGGGUUCCUUCCUGGCUAAGAUAGAGCACCUGAUGUGCCCACACCAUGAACGGCCAGAAGGAAGGUGGCCCAGACAGCAGCCUCUCUCUGAGGGGCCCUCGCUGCAGUUCUGGCGCACG